CAAAGGAGUCAUAUACCACGCGUUCAUUAGAAACGGUAGGAAACCUCCGCUCAUAGCUUCUCUCAGCCCCACGCGCUCCUCUUCCUUCUUCCAGGGGUUUUGAGAUCGAGAGUUAGAGAAGAGCCCGAUCAUUCUCAUCUCGUUUCAUCGGCUAAGAACUUACGAAAACCCUAGAUUUCGCCUGUCCCCCUCCUCAACCCAAAGCCGUCACAAAGAAGAAUGAACGAUUCCGUUGGGCUUAGGCCGUACUCGAUUUACGGUUCUCUUCGUGCAGCAUUCGGAUUAGCAGGGUUUCUAUCAUAUUGAGUUUGUAUAUCUUUAGACUGCAAAAAAAUGAGUAGUUCAUUUAAUGGGCAAAUUUUGGUGGAGAAGCUUGCCAAGCUUAAUAAUUCGCAGCAGAGCAUAGAAACUUUAUCACAUUGGUGUAUCUUCCAUAGAAAUAAUGCGCGGCAAGUUGUGGAAACAUGGGAUCGACAAUUUCGUUGUGCUCCAAGGGAUCAGCGAGUAUCUUUUCUAUAUCUUGCCAAUGAUAUUUUGCAGAACAGUAGGCGAAGGGGUCUGGAGUUUAUUAAUGAAUUCUGGAGGGUUCUUCCUGGUGCGCUUAAUGAUGUACUUGAGCAUGGGGGAGAGUUUGGGAGAAACACUGUUCUGAGACUGGUUGGCAUAUGGGAAGAACGUAAAGUCUUUGGUUCUCGUGGACAAAUUCUUAAGGAAGAGCUCUUGGGAAGGAAUUUGGAGAAUAGAAAUAAAAAUGGAAAGGGCAUUAGUUACAAGUUGAAGCAGCCUAGUGGAGAACUGCUGGAGAAGCUCAUUUCAAGUUAUGGGCAUGCUCAUAACGUGGAUGAAGAUGCUUUAUUUGGAAAAUGCCAGACUGCAAUUAGCUUUGUUGACAAAGUGGAAAAGGACUUUGACUCCGGUAACACCAGCGAAUCUGCAAUUGUGGCGGACAUGCAGGUGCAGCAUGGCAUACUAAAAGAAUGUAUAGAACAACUGAAAGCAGCUGAAACAUCUAGAACAACUCUUUUGUCUCAUUUAAGAGAGGCACUCCAUGAGCAGGAGUUGAAGAUUGAAACGGUCCGUAAUGAACUUCAGGCUGUGCAAUCACGAUAUGAAAAAGCAGGCAACAUCUGCCAGCAGCAACUCAACUGCAACAUCAGACAGUCGCCCCCUGAGCAGAUACCAAAGGAAUCAUUAUCAGCCUUAUCUGAUGCCCCUCCUGGUUUCAUCCCAUCCAAUAUUGGCAUAGGAGACAAAGCACUAUCAACUCCACUCAGGUACACCCAGGAGGCACCUCUUGCUAAUAACCAUUCUUCUCGCACAGAAGAAGAGUAUCGGAAAACAGCUGCUGCUGCAGUGGCAGCAAAGCUUGCGGCAUCCACCUCCUCCGCCCAGGUGCUCAGCUAUGUUCUCUCCUCCCUGGCUUCAGAGGGUGUCAUUGGUCAGACUGUGAAAGAGCAGUACCCCUCUGACAACAAGAGGCCUAAGCUAGAUAUCGAUGUGCCUUCUUUCAAGCCACCACUUCAGUCUCAGCCCCCGUCUCAGACUCAGCCACCCCCUCCACCAUACCCACAUCCUGAUAUGCUGCAUCAGCCGCCGCCGCCACCAUCACCAUCACCGCCUACGAGUCAACUAAGCCCCGCUGUCCAGCCGCCGCCGCCACCACCAACUUCAUUGCCACCUGUGCCUCCACCACCUCCACCAACCACAGCACAGCUUAUGCAGACAGCUGCCGGACCUAUGACGGGAGUACCCUUUGGUUACGGCUCAGCGCCGCCUCUGCCGAGCUACCCAAUGGUUGGCAUGCCUCCUUACCUGAGUGCGCCAAAUCCCUACCAUGGUUUUCAGGCAUCAGAUGGUGUGGGCGGUCUCUUUAGCCAACCACCAUUGCCAACGGCGCCACCCCCAAUGACUCAGCAAUAAUAAGCCAGGGUGAUCUGCAGAAGCACUAGGAACAAUAUGAUGAUUGAAUGAUGCAAAGCUCUUACAAAUGACUAAUAUGAACUUUGUUUCAUCUGAGAAUUGCGACUAGUCUUGCGUACAUUGUAUGCUUCAGUCUGAUUAACCCAGAUAUAUGUUGUACAUGAAACCAUAAUAUCUAUAGCAUUAGAAGUGUUGAAGAGAGUUAUUUAACUAAAGAUGGACUGAGAAUUUAGAUUUAGAAAUAAGUGAAGCAAAAUUUUAAUCUAGAUAAAGCAGUUGAAUCUU